UCAGACUGAGGCCUGAGACCCGGGCGGACCCGCGGGAACCAGGAAGAGUCGGAGAGGAGGAGCAAGGCACAGGGGGACUUCUGCGCUCCCGGCCUACCGCCGAGGUCGCAGCAUCCCUAUCACGUGACUGGCCUCUCAAGCCCCGGCCUGUCCUUGGCACUGCCACAUCACACCUAAUAUGGCCGCUUGUGCUGGGACAGGCCUGGUGCACCGAGAGCCGGGCCGAGGUCCGAGGCCAGAUAUCACGGACCAGGCCUUGAUUGAGGUGGAGCGAAAGUUCAUUCCUGGGCCUGGCACAGAGAAGCGGCUGCAGGAGUUGGGGGGCACCCUAGAGCACCAGGUUACCUUCCGGGACAGCUACUAUGACACCCCUGAGCUGAGCCUCAUGCAGGCUGACCACUGGCUGCGGCAGCGAGAGGGUAGUGGCUGGGAGCUCAAAUGUCCUGGAACAGCGGGCGUCUCAGAACCCCACCAGGAGUAUGUGGAAGUUACAGUUGAGCCUGCAGUUGUGGCCCAGCUCUGUGAGGUGCUGGGGGCUGAGGUCCUGGGGGCAGGAGGUGUGGCAGCUGUGCUGGGCCCACUGGGGCUGCGGGAAGUAGCUAGUUUUGUGACUAAGCGUAGCUCCUGGAAGCUGGUGCUCUCUGGAGUUGAUGAAGAGGAGCCUCCACUCAGGGUGGACUUGGACACAGCAGACUUCGGCUACACCGUAGGUGAGGUAGAGGCCCUGGUGCACAAGGAGGUUGAAGUCCCAGCUGCCCUUGAGAAGAUUCGCAGACUCAGCAGCAUGCUUGGUGUGCCGGUACAGGAGAGAGCGCCUGCCAAGCUGAUCGUGUACCUACAGCGCUUCCAGCCGCAGGACUAUCAGCGCCUGCUACAAGGACACAGCUGUGGAGAGAAGCCACAGGGGACUAAAGAUCCUGACGGCAACCUGGGCUAGGGUGUCACUUCCUCAGCAGGGAAGAGAACUCUGAGUUUAAGAGGGUUCCCUCCUGGCCUCACUGUGCCUCUUCCCCGGCCUUCUUCCCACACUGACUCCUCUCUCUCCAGCUCCGCCUCUUCUUUCACCUCACCCUCAGCGAUCCUUCCUUGAGCCCUCCCUGGCUGCCUCCUCUCCCUCAUCCGUCAGAUGCAAUCUGUGGGCCGCCCCUCUCCCCUGGCCGCUAAGCAGCCUCCAUUGAUUUCCGCUCGUGUUUAUAGGAUUUCCACUUAGCUGUGAUCAGUAGUUAAGCACAGGAAAAUCCCUUGCCACCCCCCUCCCUUGGUCGAUGCCAUUGAUUCUGCCAGCGGCUCCUAAACCGCCUUACAGCUGAGUUAGAGAUGAGGGGAGGCAGCAGGGAUUUCCCUGCCUUGGGGUGUGGGAAAUAGCAGCAGGUUGGGGAAGGAGGUGGGAAUCCGUUAGAGAUCUAGAAGUUUUUGUAUUACUUUUUGCUCCUGUACCCUACUCUGGCCCAAAUGGUACAGUGUCUCCUAUGGAGGUGUAGGGGCAGAUUUGCUCCCAAACCUGGAAGGGGAAGAAAGCAAAGUCCUCAUUUAUUAAAAUAGGUUCCUAAGGCUCAGGGGAAAAUACACAAGUUUACUUUCUGAAUAAGAAAACUCUUCCCAGAGCGCUAGUCGCUCAGUCUAAUUAAGCCUCCAACUUCGGCUCGGGUCAUGAUCUUCCAGUUCAUGGAUUUGAGCCCCGCAUUGGGCUCUGUGUUGAC